AUGUCCGCAGAGAGCCUCCCCACACCACCACCACCACCACCACCUUCCUGUGGCAGGAGAAGAGACAAAGAGGUGGAGAGGAUAGUAGAGGAGAAGGAGGAGGUGCUGGAGGAGGAGGAGGAGAAGGUGGAAGAGAAGAGGGUGUUCAUGGAGGAGAUGGUGGAGGAGAUGGUGGAGGAGGAGAAGGAGAUGAAGGAGGUGGUGGUGUUAGUGCAGGAGGUGGAGGAGGAGAUGCUGGAGGUGAAGGAGGUGUUGGUGGAAGAGGUGGAGAAGGUGGAGGAGAUGGUGGAGGAGGAGAUAGUGGAGGAGCUUCAGGAGGUAGUGGAAGAGAUGCAGGUGGAGGAGGAGAUGAUGGAGGUGGAAGAGGAGAAGGUGUUGGUGGAGAAGGUGGUGGAGGAGAUGGUGGUGGAGGAGAUGGAGCAGGAGAUGGUGGAGGAGCUUGAGGAGGUAGUGGAAGAGAUGCAGGUGGAGGAGGAGAUGGUGGAGGAGUAG